AUGGAGUUGCUGUCGCCGCCCCUGCGCGAUGUGGACUUGGGCCCAGACGGCUCGCUCUGCUCUUUUGCCACCGCCGACGACUUCUACGAUGACCCGUGCUUCGACUCCCCGGACCUGCGCUUCUUCGAGGACUUGGAUCCGCGCCUCGUGCACGUGGGCGCGCUCCUGAAGCCCGAGGAGCACUCGCACUUCUCGUCCGCCGCGCACCCGAGCCCGGGCGCGCGCGAGGACGAGCAUGUGCGCGCGCCUAGCGGGCACCACCAGGCGGGCCGCUGCCUGCUCUGGGCUUGCAAGGCGUGCAAACGCAAGACCACCAACGCUGACCGCCGCAAGGCCGCCACCAUGCGCGAGCGGCGCCGCCUGAGCAAAGUCAACGAGGCCUUCGAGACGCUCAAGCGCUGCACGUCGAGCAACCCCAACCAGCGGCUGCCCAAGGUAGAGAUCCUGCGCAACGCUAUCCGCUACAUCGAGGGCCUGCAGGCGCUGCUGCGCGACCAGGACGCCUCGGCCCCCGGCGCCUCGGCCGCCUUCUACGCUCCGGGCCCGCUGCCCCCUGGCCGCGGCGGCGAGCACUACAGCGGCGACUCGGACGCGUCCAGCCCCCGCUCCAACUGCUCCGAUGGCAUGAUGGACUACAGCGGCCCUCCGAGCAGCGGCGCCCGGCGGCGGAACUGCUACAAUGCCACCUACUACAGCGAGGCGCCCAGCGAAGCCAGGCCCGGAAAGAGCGCUGCCGUGUCCAGCCUCGACUGCUUGUCCAGCAUCGUGGAGCGCAUCUCCACCGAGAGCCCCGCAGCGCCCGCGCCUCUGCUGACCGACGCGCCCGCGCCAGAGUCGCCCCUGGACCCGCCCGAGGCGACCCCGCCCAGCGCCCCCAGCCCGCCCCCGGACGGCGCCACGCAGGGCCCUGAGGGCGCGAACCCUAACCGGAUCUACCAGGUCCUGUGA